AUGUCCGACUUCGAAGAUGAAGAGUUCGAGAAAUUGGCAGUUGCUGCUGUUGAACAAGCAGAACGUGAGGCUGCCCCAAAACAGUUUGUCCCAAAAUUGGUCUCUAAAUCAGUGAAUCACAAUGUUUUGGUUUCAUUUCGUCAAAAAGGAAAUCCGCUUCUGCCGCAUUUAAGGAAUGUUCCAUGGGAAUACUCUGAGAUAGUUCCUGACUUUGUGAUGGGUGCUAAAACAUGUGCCUUGUUUCUGAGCUUGAAAUAUCAUCAUGUCCAUCCCGAAUAUAUUUACAGUCGAAUUGGCAAACUUGGAAAGGCUUACGAGCUUCGCAUUCUACUCGCCGUAGUAGAUGUGGAAAACCAUCGUGAGUCUAUUCAAGAACUCGUGAAAACAAGCGUUGUCAACCGGUACACGUUAAUAUUGGCUUGGUCAUCUGCUGAAGCAGCUCGUUAUAUUGAAACAUACAAGGCUUUUGAAUUCGCAGCGCCAACUAACAUCAUGGAACGGCCUUCAACGGACUAUCUUGAGCGUGUGCAGAACACAUUUACAAGCAUCCGGGGAAUUAACAAGAGUGAUUGCUUAAGUCUGAUCGCCCACUUUGGUUCUAUGAAACGGGCAUUAACGGCAACUCAGGAAGAACUUGAACAGAUUGACGGUUUCGGUCCAACAAAAGUUCGUCGAUUCUUGGAGGCGACUCAUCAACCUUUCCGUUCGCAAAAAGUCGUAAAGGCAGUGAAGCAGACAGGCCAUGGGCAACAAAAGAAAAGUUGA